AUGCAUGCAUAUAAGCUGUUCUGUUCUUGUGUGCAUAAGUUGAAGAAGGAUCCAAGUUGGCUACUUAACAAUCUUCAUUGUCAUCAAUUUGCAUCAGCACUAUCCUCGAUUUAUGAUAUCUUGCAGAAUUGGGAAGAAGGAUCACCAAACUUCAAUCCUGCUCUCAGAUAUGCGAGAUUAGGUCCUGAAUUCUUCUCGAAUCUCCAAACAAAAUCGUUUGCUGAUUUAGUCUACUGUUUGGCUUGUAUUAUGGAGAACUUUGUUCAAUCCAUUGACAAUGACCAGCCUACUAACAUUGUGCAGUGUGAGCGAUCUUGGUUUAGGCAUAAGACCCUUAGGGUUUAG